AACUAGGUUAAACAUAUCACGUGUAUGUUUAAAAAAGAAUUAAAUUUUCAUUAGUUCCUUCCAUUUUAGACAUGCAUUUGCUCUGGCUGCAUUUAUUUUUCCAUUUAUUCAUCUUAAUCAAUGCAUACGAAAAUAUUGCUCUGAGGAAACCAGCAUGGCAGCGUUUUCCGUAUAGCGGUCGACCUUGGUGGGGAGCAGAUCGUGCUGUGGACGGACGGUUUACAGACCUAUCUCAAUAUGACAACCAGUGUACAAUAUCCGGGAAUUAUCAGCAAGUGGCAGAAUGGAGGGUGGAUCUCCAAGAAGUCCUUAGCAUGCAUCAUAUUGUUAUAUACUAUAGGACGGACAAUGAGCCUUGGGGAAAUCCUAGUAAAUACUCGGGACGAUUUUUGGGGUUCUCUGUCUACAUAUCAAACACAACGAAUAAAGAGGACGGGAUAACGUGCUUCAAAGAUAGAAACUUUACUAGAGCAACAAUAGAGAAUCCUUUAACGAUAAGUUGCCCUAAUCACGGACGUUACGCUAUCUACUACAACAAUCGAACACAGCCCCCGUUUCCUUCUGGCUAUUCUACAGAUGGAGCAUACAACGAAAUCUGCGAAUUUGAGGUUUAUGGUUGCCCAACACCAGGAUAUUACGGAGAGAACUGUUCUUUAUCGUGUCCAGGGAACUGUCAGGAAGGUCACUGUCACAUCGAGGAUGGAACCUGUCUGAGGUGUACCGAUGGAUACAAAGGUCCAACUUGUAAUGAACAAUGCAACGGCAAAUCGUACGGUCAAGAGUGUCAGCAAAAUUGUGGAAACUGUAAAAACAAUGAACAGUGUCAUCAUGUGAACGGAAGUUGUAUAAACGGUUGUGGCAGUGGAUUUUAUGGCACAAAAUGUGACCUAACCUGCCCUGUAAGUCGAUAUGGCUACUAUUGUGAGGAGCACUGUAACAUCAACUGUGGAGUUCCAUACAGAUGUGACAGGAUGACAGGGCAGUGUGAGGGAGGGUGUCAAGUGGGUUGGGAAGGGGCCACGUGCGAUACACAAUGUAAUGAAGGAAAGGUUGGUCAAAAUUGCAACCAUUCGUGUGGACAUUGCCUUGACAAUGAGCAAUGUAAUUACAUCAAUGGUACAUGUCCCAAUGGAUGUGAUAUUGGUUAUCAAGGAAGUCAAUGUACACAGGUUUGCAGUAAUAAUACACAUGGAGAUGGAUGCUUGCUUAAAUGUGGGAACUGUUUAUAUCUGUAUGGAGAACAAUGUCAUCACGUGACUGGUCAAUGUCCACGAGGAUGUGACAUUGGCUACCAUGGCGAUCGCUGUGACCAGGGUUUUGAAGGUUUAAUUCAUCCUGUAUCUGAGAGCCAAUUAUCCACCUCACUCUAUGUCUGUACGACAUUUCUUAUCUUAAGUGGAUUACUUAACGUCAUUUUGGUUGUCAGAUUUCUCAGAGAACGAAGAAAGACAAUGCGCAGACAUCAAAAGAACUUGAAAAGUGAAAGUGAAAGGAACAAAGAGUUGGAGCACCCAAUGCCUAUCCCCGAGUGUUCGCAAUAUCAAUAUGAAAACUUCUCUCUGUAUGAGGAACUUGGGCUAUCUAAAUAGAAUAAUAAUUGUUCUUGCCUUUGAAAAAAAAAUAAAUAGUGCCUGUUUGGGAGGGUAACAGUUGAAAUUGAAGCCCCGAGAAAACCAUUGUCAACCGAUGCGAAGCGGAGGUUGACAAUGGUUUUCGAGGGGUGUCAAUUUCAACUGUUAUCCUCCCAAACAGGCACUAUUUAUUUUAUUAUACUGAAUGUCUUAAUUUUAUAUAUGUUUUUACUGCUUUUAUAGAGAAUUGACGUGAAUUCCAUGGUGAACCGUACGCGCAUAAUUACCGCGCAUGUAACAAUUCGUUGUGUUACCCGUUGCUAAAAGUGUUGCUAACGCUGAGGGUAAUAGAACGGAUUAUCAACUGCGUCUAAACCAAUCAGAUUUCAGUAUCUAACUUGAAAGUAUAAUAAUACAAAAUGUUAAUAGAACUUUCACAUCAAUGAACACUUAAUUUGUGGAUCAACUUAGUAACGAAAUCCACGAAAAUUGGUAUUCAACGAAUAUUAAUGUAACCACAGUAUAAAAUAUUCGUUGUACAUUUGUCCAUGGUAAAGAUCCAAAGACUACUAUUUUUUAAGCUGCCCUUAAUUAUAACGUGAAUAUCAUUCUCUUUCUAUAAAUUUUGCAUUGUCUUCCUUAGAACAGUUUCUGUUAUUUUUUGUUUCUAGGUCCGGAUAUAGUUUUUGUUAUUAAUCUUUACACUUGGAUUUAUUGCUUUCAUUAUUACUUUUACAGGCGGCAAUUUUUUAAUGCUUACAUGCAUUUGUUUUGUUUACUAUUAUUCCUCUCCUGUAUAAUUUUCAUUUGUCAAAACAGUUAUUUGACAGCGGGUUUUUUCCUAUCAACCUGUGUUGCCGCAACAGUCGAUCAAUUUCAAAUCAUUGCCAAUUAUGACCGAAAUGAUUAUUGAUACCUUUUAAAUUUCAUUGACCAUAGAAUCAUUUUUUGACAGUCUUAUGUAAUGUAUUUAAUGAUACAUGUAUUUUAUAUUUGUAUUGAAAUAUCGUUUGGGCAGUCAAAUCAAUGUUUCUGACAUUCGUUCAUAUAUUUAGUAACUUGCUUAUUGGUAUUUUGUCUUUUGUGUAUUACAGUGAUGUCAUUAAUAUUCAAGGGUAUCAAGUUUCGUGGAUAAAGUGAAAAUCACGGUUUCAAGAAUAAGUUAAUUGUGGCAAAUGACCCUAUCAAUACACAUGGUAAUAGAAAUUGCAUUUCAAUGAACAUUUCAUUUUGUGGAUCAGCUUUACAACAGAAUCCACGAAAAUUGGUAUUCAACGAUCAUUGAUGAAACCACAGCAUAUUGUUCGUAAUUUCUUUAACAUACAUUUCUAAUAAUGCUUUUAUUCAUGUAAUUUGUAAAAUGAUGGCAAUACAAGCCGUUCCCAAUUCUUCACACAGUAAAAAAACUUCGCAUUUUUUUACAAAAAUCAAUGAUUUAGUCUGUCCUCCUUAGAAUCUUCACACACAAUAUAUGUAUAUCUGUAUGCAGUUACCUAAUUAUGUAUAUAUGUCACUUUACUUGUAUUUUCUUUUUGUAUUGUAACACAAUUUCCUCUGACGUCAUUUGAACAUUGUAUAUUUUUUCUGAGCCUCAGAUACCAUCUUUAGUAUGGCCAUGGUGAAUAAACUGAA